AUUUUUUUUUUGCUGCGAGCUGCCAAUAGGUGCCCACCAAGGCACAACAAUAGACUGUCGGGACUGCCCGGCGAUUCGACCUUCUAGUCUACUUCUACUCACAAUGCGCUGAAGGGCGCUGUACCAUAGACACAAUAUGUCAGCCAAAGGAAAAGAACCGGCCGCCCAAAAGGAUGGAGCGACCACGAACCCGAGAGGAAUCCCCCAGGCGCCGUUCGUUGAUAAAGUCGAGGACUACGUCACCUCAAGAGACGAUGUCCAGUCUACGCUACGCAGCUUCCAGGAGAUGAUCUCUAAAUAUCAAUUUAUGGAACUGAAUUUGCAGAGGAGAGUGGCUGGACUAAAAGACAAGAUGCCCGAUAUACAAAAGACUCUGGAAACAGUCAAGUUCCUGAAGACGAGGACGGAGGAAUCGGAUCCGAUCGAGACAACGUUCGAGCUUAACGACACUUUAUACGCGAAAGCAUCCAUACCCCCUACAGAAGAGGUGUACUUAUGGCUUGGUGCAAAUGUAAUGCUGGCGUAUCCCGUCGACGAGGCCGAGACCCUUUUAACGUCAAAACUAGCGGCCGCAAAGCAGAGCUACGCCAAUUGCGAGGAAGACCUGGAUUUCUUAAGGGAACAGAUUACAACUAUGGAAGUUGCAGUAGCGCGAGUGUACAACUGGGAUGUUGUUCAGAAGCGAAAAGAAAAGGCAGAUGAGGAACGGAAAGGGAAAGGGACUGAGGAUGGUGACGAGCAGCCAAACGGAUGAAGGGCUACAAGGUCAGUUGUAAGCUGUAAGCUGUUAACUGUUAGCUCAGCCGACUGAACGGGACAUACUACAUAGGCACCAUUUUUACUGAUGAGACCUCCUGCCUGUUUACUACAUCCCAAGCGAAAGAUUGAUGGGAAUAUAUGUGGAUUGAAUCAUAUUGUCUACCCGGGUCCGCGUGUUGAUGACGCAAUAUAACAAUUCUCACCUAUGUAGAAAUGAGGAUAGCAAUUCACUAUUUGCAGUAUUCCUAUUAAAUCCAUAAUCUUACCAUAUUC